AUGUUUUCCCUAUUUUUAAAACGCCAGUUUUUCGAGCACUGUUACACGUGUUCUGGCGUUAAAAUGGCGGUUACAAAGAAACCCGCUCCUAAAAAAGCCCAAUUGCAUCAAAAGGCUGGAAAGAAAGGUAUCAAAGGUGGUAAAAUCCGCGGCAAGGGAAUGAAAAGGAAAAUCAACCUGAAGUUUACUAUCGACUGCACACAUCCAGCUGAAGAUAGCAUCUUGGAUGUUGGAAACUUUGAAAAGUACCUCAAGGAGCAUGUUAAAGUUGAGGGUAAAACAAAUAACCUAGGAAAUCACGUUGUCGUCGCUAGAGACAAGACAAAAGUAGCCAUCAAUGCAGACAUUCCUUUCUCCAAGAGGUACCUAAAAUACUUGACCAAGCGGUACCUCAAGAAGAACAACCUGAGAGAUUGGCUCCGUGUUGUUGCUUCUGCACAUGAUGCAUAUGAACUACGUUACUUCAACAUCAAUGCUGACAGCGAUAAUGAAGACAAUGAAGAU